CGCCGCUGCUUUAUCCGCUUGCGGCGCGUUGGGCGGUCUCGUGGCUCUGUCUCUUGCUUCAACAGUGUUUGGACGGAACAGACCCCGGGACUCCCUUUUUUUCAGCCUCUGACUGCUCUCUGAUCUCUCCACUUGCAAUCUCCGGACCAAGAGAAGAUCUCUGCCAUCUCCUGCUGCUGGAGCCAGCUAACACUGUUUUUUGUGGUUAGCGUCUUACUGCCGACCAACCAUGAGCUCCCAGAUUCGUCAGAAUUAUUCCACCGAGGUGGAGGCAGCCGUCAACCGCCUGGUCAAUUUGCAUCUGCGGGCCUCCUACACCUACCUCUCUCUGGGCUACUAUUUCGAUCGCGACGAUGUGGCUCUGGAAGGCGUGGGCCACUUCUUCCGUGAAUUGGCUGAGGAGAAGCGCGAGGGCGCCGAGCGUCUCUUGAAAAUGCAAAACCAGCGUGGUGGGCGCGCUCUCUUCCAGGACGUGCAGAAGCCAUCUCAAGAUGAGUGGGGUACAACCCAGGACGCAAUGGAAGCCGCCAUGGCCCUGGAGAAGAGCCUCAACCAGGCUCUUCUGGAUCUUCAUGCCCUGGGUUCUACCCGCAUAGACCCCCAUCUCUGUGACUUCCUGGAGAAUCACUUCCUAGAUAAGGAAGUGAAACUUAUCAAGAAGAUGGGUGACCACCUGACCAACCUCCGCAGGCUGGCCAGCCCCCAGGCUGGGCUGGGCGAGUAUCUCUUCGAAAGGCUCACUCUCAAGCACGACUAGGAGCCUGCCAGGCCCAGCGACCUGAGGAGCCCCUCUCAAAGUAUCAGGGCUUCUGCCUGAGCUUCUCCCUCCAGCCACUAGGCAGCUUUUUAACCACCCUGGAGUCCUCUCCCAAGCCUUGGACCAAAUAGAAAUAAAGCUUUUUGCAGCA